AACUCAUGUCGAUUGUGCUCAAUCAUGUUUUCAAUGAUUGAUAAGGUAAAACUAAAAAAGUAUAGAAAGUUCAACUUGAGGCAGAAGUGUACGUUUUACCAUUCCACUUCCCUCUAAAACCCAUUAAAUAGUAUUAAAGAGUGGGAACAGGUCUGUAUGUUUGGUAUAAUUGGCUGGAGGAGUAAAUAGGAAAAUAUCAGCAGCAACUGCAAAGGCUCACACCAGAAGAGUCAAGCAAAACAGUUUUUCUCACCUUCCUUAAGCUAAAGAUCAACUUUCAAUAAUGCUUAAGAAAACACUAGCCUUGUUAUUAGUGGGAAUUCUGGCAUGGGCAUAUCAAGCAAUUCAACCUCCUCCACCCAAGAUUUGUGGCACUGUAGAAGGCCCCCCAGUCACAGCACCAAGAAUAAAACUCAGUGAUGGAAGGCAUUUGGCAUAUAAAGAGCAGGGUAUGUCAAAAGAUAGUGCCAAGCAUAAGAUUGUCUUUGUUCAUGCUAUUGAUUCUUGCAGACAUGACACUUUUGCUGGAUUCUUGUCUCGGGAACUUGUUGAAGAUCUUGGCAUUUACAUUGUGUCUUUCGACAGACCUGGUUAUGGAGAGAGUGAUCCUAAUCCAAAACGCACGGUGAAAAGCAUGGCUUUAGAUAUUGAAGAGCUUGCUGAUCAAUUAGGACUAGGCUCCAAAUUUUAUGUAAUUGGUUUCUCCAUGGGUGGACAGGUGCUUUGGAGUGUCCUGAAAUACAUCCCUCACAGAAUAGCAGGGGCAGCACUGAUAGCUCCUGUUGUAAACUACUGGUGGCCUGGUUUACCUGCAAAUCUAUCUAAUGCAGCCUUCAACCGAGAAUUGUGGAAUGACCGGUUGGCAUACAGUGUUUCUCACCAUGCCCCAUGGCUUGCAUACUGGUGGAAUACUCAAAAAUGGUUUCCCUCUUCCAGUGUUCUUAAUUUAAGUUUAGAUGUUCUUUCUUCAGAAGACAAAGAAUUCGCGUUAUUGCGAGAAAGAGCAAGAAAGACAUACACGGCACAUGUAAAACAACAGGGUGAAUAUGAGUCCGUCCACCGUGACUUGAUGGUGGGAUUUGGAAAGUGGGAAUUCAGUCCUUUAGAACUAGAAAAUCCAUUUCCGAACAAUGAAGGUUCUGUUCACCUAUGGCAUGGAGAUGAAGACAGACUUGUGUCUGUUUUGCUGCAACGCUACAUUGCCCAGCGACUCCCAUGGAUUCACUAUCACGAGUUAACCGGCGCUGGCCAUUUAUUCCCAGAAGCUAGAAAUAUGUGGGGUACCAUUGUUAAGGAACUUUUGCUGGUGAAAGAAUGAGCUUCAUAGGGGUAGCCUUUUUUCUGUGCAUUUCCAUUCUCUCUGAAUUUCAGUUUUGGUAACAUCCAUUGUAGUGUGAUUAUGGUAAACUUUACACAAGCCAUUACUUUUUUAAUGUACUGUUGCUAAAUGGGAAUCUAUUUUUCUUCUA